CUGCAUCCUGUAGCAGCACAUGGGUUCCUGGUAAGCGCUCUCUGUCUGUAAUUCUGAUUGGCUCAGCAUUAUUGCCUGCAGUGUCUGACACGCUGCCCGGCCCCGUGCCACCACUCCAGCAUGACCUGGGACAGCCACAGACGUCCAGCGACGAUGCCCACUUUCUCUCUUUGUUUGCUUUCACUUGUUUCUUGAAGUGAGACGGCUCAUACUGUAGGUGACGGGGCAUGUGGGAUGGGCUUUUUUGGAUCGGUGCCGUCCAUUGUGCUGUGAGAUGUCCCCAGGGCUUCAUGGGUUUUUGAUUGUUCUGACACGUGGAGCAUCGCAACGCAAACCUAUCAACAGAAUCUGCUGCCAGCGAGCGUUUGAGCCUCUGAGUUCCCAAUCAGAGCAAAGUUCACCCCAAAACAAAAAGCUGUGGACGGCUGAGAGCGAGGAGAACAGCGAGGAUGAUUCGAAGCGCUCUGAAACACAGGGCCUUCACCCCUGAUCUGUCUCCAGAGACCGCCCUACUCAGAACCGUCCCGCUCCCAGCGCCUCGAGCCCAGGCAGUGACCCCCGUCCCGCGAGCGCACCGCAAGCCUAGCGAGGGCCACAGCGGGCAGCCGGUGCGCGGCAGCAUGGAGGUGGGCAUGCGCGUGGUGCGCGGCCUGGACUGGAAGUGGGGGAACCAGGAUGAAGGAGAGGGGCACGUGGGCACGGUGGUGGAGAUCGGCCGGCAGGGCAGCACCACUACGCCCGACAAAACUGUGGUGGUGCAGUGGGACAGCGGCACUCGCACGAAUUACCGCACCGGAUACCAGAGUGCCUACGACCUGCUGCUGUAUGACAACGCACAGAUCGGUGUCCGACAUUCAAACAUCAUCUGUGACAGCUGUAAGAAGCACGGCAUCAUGGGAAUGCGCUGGAAGUGUAAGGUGUGUUUCGACUACGACCUGUGCACUCAGUGCUACAUGAACAACAAGCACGACCUGACGCACGCCUUCGAGCGCUACGAGACGGCGCAUUCGCACCCAGUGAGCUUGACGCCGAGACAGAACCUGUCCAGAAUCAUCCUGAAAGGAAUCUUCCAGGGGGUGAAGGUGGUCCGGGGGCCCGACUGGGACUGGGGCAACCAAGACGGGGGUGAGGGGAAGGGCGGGAAGGUGGUGGAUAUUCGUGGAUGGGAUCAGGAAUCGGGUCGUAGCGUGGCUAGUGUCACCUGGUCCAGCGGAACCACAAACGUCUACAGAAUGGGCCACAAGGGCAAGGUUGAUCUGAAAUACGUGUCGGAUGUGCAGGGAGGAUACUACUACAAGGAGCAUCUGCCCAAAUUAGGCGAGCAUGCGGAGCUGCAGCGGCAGGAGAGCGCAGACAGUCACUCGUUCCAGCAGGGUGAUAAGGUCAAGUGUCUGCUGGAGGUGGAGAUCCUCAGACAGAUGCAGGAGGGUCACGGCGGCUGGAACCCAAAAAUGGCGGAGUACAUCUCCAGAAUCGGCACCGUGCACAGAAUAACGGACCGCGGGGACGUGCGAGUCCAGUACAGUAACAACAUCCGCUGGACCUUCCACCCCGGAGCCCUGACCAAGGUGAACACGUUUGCCGUGGGUGAGCUGGUGAAGGUGCUGGAUGACACUGACAGUGUGAAGAGACUCCAGGUGGGCCAUGGAGAGUGGACAGACAGCAUGGCUCCAGCUCUGGGUCAGGUCGGGAAGGUUCUGAAGGUGUAUGCAGACGGUGACCUGCGUGUGGCGUUCGGAGGUCAGACGUGGACCUUUAACCCCGCUUGUCUCUCUGCGCAGCGUGGCGAGGUCGACGCCAAUCUGAUGACGGCUGAGAACUCCAGCGAAUCAGGAAGUACGGUCAUUUCAGUCCUGGAGAAGCUGCUCUCUCAGUCCACGGAGCAGGAUCAUCCGGGCCGGCUGGUUAUCGAGGCGGCUCACGGGAACGCCGUUAAAGUGCGUGAACUGGUGCAGAAAUACCCUGACAAGGUGGACGUUAAGAACCAGGGGAAGAUGGCUCUGCAGGUGGCUGCCCAUCAGGGACAUGUGGAGGUGGUGAAGGUUCUGCUUCAGGCCAACAGCAGCAUUGAAGCUAAAGAUGAGGACGGAGACGCUGCGCUACACUACACAGCGUUCGGGAAUCAGGCAGAAAUUGCACGCUUGCUGCUCAGUAAAGGAGCCAGUGUGAACCUGCUGAAUAACUCCAUGUGUACGGCGCUGCACAUCGCUGUCAAUAAAGGCUUCACGGAUGUGGUGAGAGUGUUGACGGAGCACUCAGCAGACAUCAACCUGCAGGAUUCGUAUGGAGAUACACCCUUACAUGACGCCAUUGCUAAAGACUUCAGGAGCAUCAUUGAGAUUCUGACUGUGGUGCCCAGCAUUGAUUUCACGCAGCAGAACAACCGCGGCUUCAACCUGCUGCAGCACACCGCUCUGAAGGGCAACAAACUAGCGACAGAGAUGAUCUUGGCUCGAGCGCGACAGCUGGCUGACGUUAAGAAGGAAGAUGGUUUCUCUGCUCUGCAUCUGGCCGCCUUGAACAACCACCGGGAUGUAGCUGAGAUUCUCCUCAAAGAGGGUCGUUGUGACAUUAACAUCCGCAACAAUCGCAAUCAGACGCCGCUGCAGCUGGCUGUGACUCAGGGUCACAUGGCUCUAGUGGCCCUGCUGGUGACGGAGGGGGCAGACGUCAACGCAGAGGAUGAGGAUGGAGACACAGCCAUGCACAUGGCUCUCAGCCGCCAGCAGCUGGCCACCGUCAUGAGCAGCGGAGAGGGCGAAGGAGCACUGCUCUACAGCAGGUUGUGUAGCUCAGGGCUGAUGGGAAACACGGAGCUGAACGUAGGAGCUGCUAUCGCUUGCUUCUUGGCACAGGAAGGGGCCGAUAUCAGUUAUGCCAACCAUAAAGGUAAAAGCCCACUGGACCUGGUUACAGACAGCAGCGUACAAACUCUCAUCAGGAGCUUCGCAGAAAAGCACAGGCUUCAAGCCGUCACGUGUGGCACAGGCACGAGCAGCAGCAGUCUCAGGCGAGUACACACUACACCCAACACCAUGACCAACCUGGCCAUGCCCAGCGCGACGGGCCCCAGUGAGUGCCUCAUCUGCUCCGAGCUCGCACUGCUGGUGCUGUUCUCUCCAUGUCAACACAGCGUCGCCUGCGAGGAAUGUGCUCACAGAAUGAAGAAAUGUAUCCGGUGCCAGGUGGCAAUAACAAAGAAAAUUCGGCAAGACCAGACGGAGGUGGAGUGCAGCCCCAGCUCGGAGAACUCGGAGCAGCACAACCUGCUGGAGCAGCUGCAGUCGCGCUACAGACAGAUGGAGGAGCGCAUCACCUGCCCCAUCUGCAUCGACAACCACAUCAAGCUGGUGUUCCAGUGCGGACACGCCUCCUGCAUCGACUGCAGCGCCGCGCUCAAGACCUGUCCCAUCUGCCGGCAGACCAUCCGCGAGAGGAUCCAGCUGUUCGUCUGAAUUGCAUGGCUCUGAAGGGAAGACGGUUGGCUGUUUGUGCUUCAUAGUCUGUCCUGUCCUGAGCCUCAUCAUUUAGCCAUAAAGCAGGAGCGCCAGACCGGAGGAUGUGAGCGGGCGCUAGAUGGCCAACCAAUGCCUGCCUUUGGUUUUGCUUGUCUGCGUGUGCAUCGCGUUGAACAUCUGCAGGGUUUUCAGCCGUUUAGGACCUGGUUUUGGAUCUGCAUCUACAGUAUUACCUAGUGAAGAGGAGUCUAUCAGACAUCAGAAGAUAUGCCUCAUGCUGCUGAAGAGCUAGAUUAUAGGGAACCCUAACACAAACCCAGCAUGCAGCGUGAGCUGUGUCACAUCAGCCCCGUGCAGAAAGCAUCUCACGAAACCUGUCGGGACCUGGGCCAUAUUUUACACUAAAAUCCAAAGGGAGAAAUCAUGUUGUGUGUAAAAAAAAAAAAAAAAAGGAAGAUAUUUAGCGGUGCAUACAAUGAUUUUAUUUUGUGACAUUUUCACCUUCAAUUCUCGUUACUGUAAUGCUCAAAAUAUUAAGUGUGUAUGCAUCAUGGUAGUUCAGAAUUGGUUUUACUCUAGCUUUAAUUUAUGCCAAUAGAAACGUUUUUACAGUAUUUUUACAGUGAAUAUAAUGAACAUAAAAACAGGCUUCGUGUCAAAUGUAAUUCAUUCUUUUUGUUCAUGUGAUUUUGGGGUGAAAUAUGAUCUGGUUUCCAUGAGAUCCCACCAAACACGGUGAUCCAGCGCUCGCUGCUGCUUCAAUCAACUCUUCAAACACUAACUUCAUUCUGAGCCGAGUCUGAUGUACAUUAAAGUGCAGUCCCAGCGUCCCAGAGAAUGGCGUUUCUUUUAUCAGAUGCCUGUACCGGUCCACUCACAGAUCUAGAACUUACACAAGCAAGAGAUAUACAUAAUGCAUGCUGGUGAGCGUAUUAUCUACGUCAUAUAUAUGGUCACGAAUACCAUUUGUAGUGUUAUAAGUGCCCAUGUGUGAUAAUGGCUCUGUGUCUUGAGGGUCCGACUGAAAGACCCUUAAUAGCACAAUAGUAGAUUGAUUUGUGUCAGCAUUGGUGCCGAAUGCUUCCUAAUCCUAGGAGUUCUUUAGUUUUCUCAGGUUCAUGCAAGUCAGUAACCCACUGUAAACUUUACAAACUUUACAAAACGUGCAACCUUAUCCACUGGCAUUGCAUGACAUUAUAUAAAGUGUUUAUUAGCCUCAUAUCUCCCACAGUAAUGCUUUGCCUAAAUGUAUUCUGGGAUUGAACAUCACUUGUUUUAACAGUGACAAUGAGUUGGGAACUCUUCAAGGCUGCAGGUGAUUGGACAACCUCUAGAAUUGUCAAAAACGACUUCAAGAAAAGACUUCAUCACUGCUGUCAGUAUUUUCUCACCCCCAUGUCAUUCAAAACCCGUGCGAGUUUAGUUUUUGGUUUUUUUGUGGAACACAAAGUAGAAUUUUUGGAAGAGUCACCAUAUACUGUUACACUUUUCCAUACAUCAGUUCAAAUGGUGUCGUUUUUGAGAUAACUAUUUCUGCGAUGGUGAUUGUAAUUUACCUUCUAUUAGGAUGUACAGUAAAAAAAUCUGUUAGCGAGGCAGUUGGGUGUGAAAGUGGUCAGAAAGUGUAGUUUACCAUUGUUAGUUGAAAUAUUUCAAACGUUCCCCAACAUGAAUUAGGCCUGUAAGUACUUCAGCAUCAGUUCAUAUUCCCUCCUAGAGUCUAAUUGUCCAUGAAGUGUUUUUGUUCCAGAAGAGCUUUACACUGUGUGCAUUUAUGGAGUUUAUUCUAUUUUAUUGUACGUGUCAUUCUGUGAUGGGCUUUUUCAUAGCUCCCUCUUUUGGGAUAGCCAACACAAACAUGUGGAUGUGAAUG